AGUACAAAUUAAGCACUAGCGAACCGAAUGCAUACAUUUAACUCAUUAUUUGUGUUUGUUUGUUUUUAAUUUCAGCUAUAUAGGUUGAAUCGGGUGUUAUUCAAAAAUGAAUAACGCUUUAGUAGAAGAGGUGGCUGCAUCUUUAGUAAGGGAAUAUCUCAGUCGAAAGGGUUUAAAAAAGACCAUUGCAACCAUGGAACAAGAACUUCCUCGCACAAAUUCAAGUGUUAACAACAGAAAUGAUCUAAGAAGAGUGCUGAACUUGGAGCCCCUUUACAAAAGGAAUAAGGUCCAGGAAAUUCCAUUGAAAGCUAUGCUAGAGAUUAUAGUAAAGCACUGUAUGGAAACGAAGAAUAUGACUAACAGCAGAACAGAAGAUUGUUUAUUUCAGAAAAACACAGUGCCUACAUCUAGGUCUUCAGUAAUGUCUUCAGUUAGUGUUUGUGAUGUAUCUGAUGAGGAGAAAGGUGGGAGUACCGCAGUAUCAAACCAGAGUAAAACUGAUGUUUACAGAUCUUCUGAUGAUAUUGUGUGUACAUCUUACAAGUUUCUUUCAUACAAAACUUCUCAAAGUAACAGUAAAAUAUCAGCAACUUGUGUCGGAAGCAGCGCUUCAUCUUCAGAAGGGGAGAGAGAUGAUAUCAAAGAUGAGGAGUUUUGUGAACUUAGCAGAGUACCAGUUUUUUCCAGAGCAUCCAGACUCAAUGUAGAUGCACAGCCCAUUGACCUUAACCUUGCAGAAGACCUCAAAAACAUUCUCUUUGGCUCAAGUUUCGCCUGCUUUAAUGAUGAGUGGAAGAUUCAGAGUUUCUCCUUUAAUGAUUUACCAGAUUUAAGAUAUGGCAUUGUGCAAAAGAAGGGUGGCCCUUGUGGAGUACUGGCUUCUGUCCAAGCCUGUGUGUUGCAAAAGCUCCUUUUUGAAGAGAAUACAGAUUUACGACUGGAGCCUUCAAAGUCUAAUAGAAGCAAAAAACUUGCAAUGGCACUAGCCAAAAUUGUAUGGCGUGCAGGAGACAGAAAAAAGGCUGUUGUUGCACUGUCUUCUGGAAGAAAACAGUUCAUUCCAGCAGGAAGAUAUAAAUCAGAUGGAAUUCUUGAAACGAUAAUACUUAACACAGUGAGUAGUCAAGAAGACUUAACGUUGUUUCUGGAGCAGAAUAUUCACCAGUUUGAGUUGGGCCCCUACGGGUGUAUUUUACUCACUCUGUCUGCAAUUCUGUCACGAUCUACAGACCUGGUCAUAAAAGAUUUUGAUGUGCCUACAAAUUCACUAAUUGGGGCUCAUGGAUACUGCACACAGGAACUUGUAAACCUUCUGCUUACUGGAAGAGCAGUGUCAAAUGUGUUUAAUGAUGUACUAGAGUUAGAUUCUGGGAAUGGAAAUAGCACUGUCUUAAAUGGAAUUACAGGAAGAAGUGAUAUUGGAUUACUUUCACUUUUUGAACAUUAUAAUCUAUGCAAGGUUGGCUCAUAUCUGAAGACUCCCAAGUACCCAAUCUGGGUGAUCUGUAGUGAAAGCCACUUCAGUGUGCUCUUCUGUGUGCGAAAGGAAUUAAUGAAUGACUGGAGGAUGGAGAGACGGUUUGACCUGUAUUACUAUGAUGGACUAGCUAAUCAGCAGGAGGAAAUUCGACUGACUGUCGAUACUUCUCAAAACUGCGUUCCUGAUGCAGAAAAUGACAUAAUUCCUCCUAUUGAACACUGUAUUAGGACCAAAUGGAAAGGUGCCAUGGUUGAUUGGAAUGGUGCAGAGCCAUUGCUUUGAUCUGCGUGUGUGCCCCAAACAACUCCUUGUAGUUAUAUACAGUUAAGUUACAAUUUGCAUAAGAUACUAAAGGUACACAAUGUGUAGAUGAAAUGUAUUUUUGUGGAAGUUAAACCACUAUACUUGUCAGUCAUAUUGUCAGUGUUGUUGGACAUUAAUUAUUUGCCAUAGAUGUAUAA